CAAAAGAGCCGGCGCGCCAAGGCACCGGCACUUCGAUCCAGUGUGACGGGUCCCUGGCGUGUAAUAAUGUCGGGCAUUGGACGAAGUCGACCUCUCCUUGGGCAUUUUUGCCCAUGUCUUCCACAACCUGGGGUCUUCCACAACCUGGCAGUCUGGAUCUAACCCUAACAGCGGAUCUUGUUACCAUUUGAGGAGGCGAACUGACUCACUGGCCGACCUUACGACGAGGCCGAGGAGCUACCCGGUAUGGCUGUGCUCAAGCGCUUCGUGCUCUUCGCCGCGCUGUCGUGCACAUACGGGCUCGGUAUGGCGCAGAGUGGCGAAAGCAGCAGCAGCAGCAGUAGCAGCAGCAAGACAAAGAUCCUACAGACGACCAACUACAUCGACACUAUCGAUGGCUACAGCUCUCUAUCAUCAUGUGCCAUAGAGGUUCUGUCGACCAUCGUCCGGGGCGAGUUCAGCGGCUGCGGUGGGUGGGAUAAUAUGCUAACGAGCUACACCUGCUUCUGCACCGAUUCCUACUCUUUCAUGAGCUCGGCGAUCUCGACAGACGUUAUCGAAAGCUGCGACAGCGGGGUAACGGCAAGUGCACAAGCGACGAGUGCCUUGGCAAUUUUCGACGAGUACUGCGCGCUGGGCGUGGAAGCGGGGCUCGAGCCGACGCCAGAAUCCGGCCGCGACGACAAUCCCACCGCCACGCCGGGCGCAACAGGCGCGGCGGCCACGUCAACGCAAGCAGCGGACGCCGAGGCCGCCGCCAACUCAGCGCGGACCGCCGCCAUCGCCGCGGGGGUCGUGGUCCCCGUCGUCGUGAUCGCGGUGGCCGUCAGCGCGUGGCUGAUCUGGCGGAAACGCAGGAGGGCCAACGCUGGCAACUGGAACCAAUGGAACGAGGGCGGCGACACGGGGAACCACUCGGCGUACGGCAGCGCCCCCGUCCGCGACGCCAACGCCGUCGAGGCGCCGACAUAUGAGCACAAGACCGUCGAGUCGCCAUAUUCGCCGCACACACCUUCGGAGAUGUCGCCCAAUCAGCAGUACAGCCCCCACCAGGAGUUGUCGGCACCUCAGCACAGCACGUCCGAGAUGCCUGCGAACAACUACCGAUCAGAACUUCCUGGUUGAUUGGCGGCAUACAUGAAAUCAUUCUACAUGGGGAACCAAUGCCGCCACGCCUCCCAUCGUACCUCCAGCUCAGUGAUUUGGAGUCUCCUUAGGCGAGGAGCAUGAUGUCCGCGAUGGGCUUCUCACUGCUCUCAAGUGCUGAUAACGGCAUCGGACAUGUACAUUGUGUACAAUGGAGCCAAAAUGCAUAUAAACUAACUGGCGAACUCACAUGCGUCAUUGGAAAGGGUUGUCGAUAAAGGGCUGAACAUAGGUAUCGGAAUCUUAACAGUAUUUCUUUGGGAGUGGUGAUGAAGCGUUGUAUAUUCAUUGAUGAUAGACUGUGUACACUUGUUCACAUUGAAUCACAA